AUGCCGCUCCGCCAUGAGCUUCACAGUCAGCUCUUUACGCGGCCUCCCGUCCCUACCGCCGAUUUCUCGGGAAAAACUAUCAUUGUAACUGGCUCCAACGUCGGCCUCGGUAAAGAAGCGGUCCAACACUUCCUCAGAUUAAAAGCCUCAAAAGUCAUCAUGGCUGUGCGGUCCGUCAGGAAAGGCGAGGAUGCCAAAAUAGAAAUCACGAAGAAUUACAAGACCGCUGCUUCGGCCCUCGAAGUCUGGCCUCUUGAUUACUCUAACUAUGCAUCUUGCCAAGACUUCGCUGCUAAAGUCGCAACGCUUGGCCGCGUUGAUGCGGUAGUUCUGAAUGCUGGCAUUGCCACGGAGGAAUGGGAGUUGUUUGAGGGCCAUGAGAGUCAGGUUACGGUUAAUGUUAUCAGCACUACGCUCUUAAUGCUUCUUAUUCUGCCAACAUUAUACGCUACGGCUGAGAAGUAUCCGAGCGUUACGCCUGUUCUUACAGUUGUUGGAUCGGGCGUACAUGCAUAUACUAAGUUUCCGGAGCGUGAGAAUCCUAAAAUUUUCGACUCUAUGGAUGACAAGAAAAUUUCCCGGAUGGGUGAUCGUUACCAAGUUACUAAAUUGAUGUCUCUCUUUGCCGUCCGAGAAGUUGCCGAGAAGACCGCCAGUAAGCGCCCAUUCGUCAUCAUCAACACUGUCAAUCCCGGUCUCUGCUACACUGAACUUAAUCGCAGCGCAGUUGGCGGCACAGCAGUAGCAAUGGGUGUGAUGAAAGCAAUGAUGGCGUGGACGGCAGAGGAGGGCGGUCGCACUUUGGUCUUUGCUAGUGUUGCCGGACAAGAAUCGCAUGGUGUAUUCAUUAGCGGUAGCAAAAUCCCCAACACAGGCCAAUCAAAAUUCGUCACCAGCGCAGAGGGAAAAAGGACGCAGAAGAAGAUGUGGGGCGAACUUGCUGAGAUUCUUGAGAGGAUUCAACCAGGUAUCUCUGCGAUUUGA